AUGUUCAAGGUGGCUCGCGAAUUCGCGCCCCGGGGCUGCUACAUAUGUGCUCCGACCGGGGCUCACCCGGCUCAAGGUCUGACCCCCCGAAGGCAACAGGAGCUUGCUGUUGACCACUUCGGUGGAGAUCAGCGGAGUCUGGCCAGAACCAUCACCACCACCACCAUGAACACCACCACAAACUCAAUCAACCUCAACCACAAUGGAAAAACUAGCGAGAACAACAACAACGAAGCAGAAGAACAACUCAGCGGAUUCCCUGAGGACUUCCCUCAUCGAACAAACAACCAAAGAACAUCCACCUCGGCCGAGCCCAUCAAAUCACCACCACUGACAACAACAACAACACCACCACCACCACCACCACCAACUUCUCAUGGACUGAUGUUCCACGGAUCGACCACAAGAUCAAAAAGCAGCCCGACUGAGAAUGAUCGGAAGGCCACUAGCAGUUUACCCCGAAGAAACUACUCUGAAAUUCAAUCAGCUACCUUCAAACCAGUUAAUCAUCAUCCACCUCAGAAGGCAGAAGCCCGAAAAUGUUGGAUCUGUUACGAUGAUGACGACGAGGAGGAAGAUCAUCAGGAGAGAGGGCCGGCUCAAACCCUGCAAGCUGGAAGGCCAAAUCAACAGGCACGAUCAAACUACAAGAAGAAUCAGAGGUGGGUCAAGGCAUGUCGAUGCUCAUUAGUAGCUCACGAAAGCUGUUUGCUCACCUGGAUUACCACUUAUCAAUUAACUCAUCCCGCACCCGCAUCGAUUUCCUCCCCGCUUUCCACGCCCGUCAAAUGUCCCCAAUGUGCAGCGAUCUAUCAAAUCGUCCAACCGUCUUCACCAUUACUCUCCCUGCUCCAUCGUCUCAAAAGGCCGUAUAGCUCCGGUAUGAGUUGGUCUGCCCUCGGAUGUGUCGUCCUCGGUGUCGGCGUCAGCGCAUCCUCCUAUGGCUUGUGGGCUUCGAGAUGUUUCUUGGGUCCGAUCAGAUGGAAUCGUUGGGUUUCGGCAAACCGCUAUGGAGGAGGACUGAACUUCCUCAAGUUCUUCCAACUCAGUCUGGUCGGCCCGAUCCUCAUCCUCAGUCGAACCAAGCAGCUCGACUCCGUCCUCCCCUUCCUCCCGAUCUCCUUCAUCCUCUCCACCUUCCCCCCGCUCGCUCUCGACGGCGAGUUCAACAGCAGCACUCAUCAUCUCGCCGACCCGAACCUGCUGAGACUCGAGCACGUCUUCCCACCCGAGCCCGGGCUGACGCUAUGCUUGAUCCCCUGGAUGAGGAUCGGCUGGGGCUUCGUCUGGAGUCGGAUCAGCAAUAUGAUCCUGAGACGAGAGUGUGUAGGGAUGUCCUACCAAUACCCACUGGGUGUCGGACUUGGUCUGGGUGGACAAGCCCAAGCGGUGGCCGGGGGAGGUCCGCACGAAGGGAACCGAGCGGCGGCGGCGGGGAACGAGGGCCGAGCAGAUUUCGAGCAGGCCGAGGAGGAAGAUGGUGAUGCGGAAGAAUUGAAUGGUCAACAGCCACCUGCAGCCGAAUUGGUGCUAGACUAUACCAGUCUUCGGACUGUCAUUAGGGUUGGGAUGGAAGCCUUGAUCCUGCCUGGUGCAGCCUCGCUCGUCGGGACUCUCCUGCUUCUACUGUCGAGGAAUCGACCGUGGUUAAGGACUCUGCUGGGACUGAAGAUCUCAUCGUCAUUACUCAGCUAUCAACAGCCAUCCUACCCCCAAGAAGGCUCGAGUAGCACGUCGGCUUCCUCGAUCUUAUCCACACUGAAGAGCUCACUCGGACAUAUAGUCUAUAAACUAACCCGAUUCGAACUGUUCUCCAACCGCACCCAAGCCGGUUCUGACACUCAUCCGCUCAAGCUCCCAUCGAUUCUCACCGGCUUCAGAAUCACUGACUAUCUCGACUCAGCUGGGGAAGAUGAUCCCGUCUGGUGGAGAAACACUCUCGCUGGUGCUCUCAUCGUCGUCCUUAAAGACCUCCUCUCCCUUACCGAAAAAGUAUUGAAGUUACGGAAGUUGAAGUAUCGUAGAAUCGUCGACGUCGAUCAACCCCAACAAACUCUUUAAUGUACUUGUAGCUAGUUAUCACUCGAUUCUAUAGUUACUAUCACCCCCUCUUUGUUCUCUCAAUUUUUUCUGGAAAACAAAACAUAAAAAACCAAAGGCAGCAAAAAAUAUGCAUUAUCCAUAUGUAAUUAGGAGUAAAAUAAGUUAGCAACCCGCAUAUCCGACAAUCUGUUUAUAGAACUCAUCAUCAUCCUUACCCAUCUAUCCUUCCUUUUUAUUUUCCUACAUUAUUUUAAAAGAAGGAUCAUCACUGUAGAAUGCGACUCUUUUUUCCCUGAGGUUAUUAUAUGUGUAGAUAUAUUAUAUAGAGAUUCAGAUAUAAGUAUAUAGCAGAUAAUGUAAGCAUUGGAGUCAAUUCUUGUUAGCAUACUUGAUUUACUGCUGUGUCCCUACAUUUCUGCACCUCUCUUCAAAUCCCCCCCCCCUCUCCUCCUCUAAAGGUCAUGUAGAAAGAUCUAUAGUAUCUGUUGUGGUGGAAGAGGGUAAGCGAGAAGUGUCUUGAUGUGAGGGCU